CGACAGUGGGCGGGGCUUUGUUGCCUGAGUAACCGUAUGAUGAUGGUGGUGGUGGUGGUGUCUUCCUGUCUCAACGAUACCUAUUUUCUAGUGCUGAGAUCCUGAUACAAUGAAUCAUAGUGAAAGAUUCGUUUUCAUUGCAGAGUGGUAUGAUCCAAAUGCUUCACUUCUUCGACGUUAUGAGCUUUUAUUUUACCCAGGGGAUGGAUCUGUUGAAAUGCAUGAUGUAAAGAAUCAUCGCACCUUUUUAAAGCGGACCAAAUAUGAUAACCUGCACUUGGAAGAUUUAUUUAUAGGCAACAAAGUGAAUGUCUUUUCUCGACAAUUGGUAUUAAUUGACUAUGGGGAUCAAUAUACAGCUCGCCAGCUGGGCAGUAGGAAAGAAAAAACGCUAGCCCUAAUUAAACCAGAUGCAAUAUCAAAGGCUGGAGAAAUAAUUGAAAUAAUAAACAAAGCUGGAUUUACUAUAACCAAACUCAAAAUGAUGAUGCUUUCAAGGAAAGAAGCAUUGGAUUUUCAUGUAGAUCACCAAUCAAGACCCUUUUUCAAUGAGCUGAUCCAGUUUAUUACAACUGGUCCUAUUAUUGCCAUGGAGAUUUUAAGAGAUGAUGCUAUAUGUGAAUGGAAAAGACUGCUGGGACCUGCAAACUCUGGAGUGGCACGCACAGAUGCUUCUGAAAGCAUUAGAGCCCUCUUUGGAACAGAUGGCAUAAGAAAUGCAGCGCAUGGCCCUGAUUCUUUUGCUUCUGCGGCCAGAGAAAUGGAGUUGUUUUUUCCUUCAAGUGGAGGUUGUGGGCCGGCAAACACUGCUAAAUUUACCAAUUGUACCUGUUGCAUUGUUAAACCCCAUGCUGUCAGUGAAGGACUGUUGGGAAAGAUCCUGAUGGCUAUCCGAGAUGCAGGUUUUGAAAUCUCAGCUAUGCAGAUGUUCAAUAUGGAUCGGGUUAAUGUUGAGGAAUUCUAUGAAGUUUAUAAAGGAGUAGUGACCGAAUAUCAUGACAUGGUGACAGAAAUGUAUUCUGGCCCUUGUGUAGCAAUGGAGAUUCAACAGAAUAAUGCUACAAAGACAUUUCGAGAAUUUUGUGGACCUGCUGAUCCUGAAAUUGCCCGGCAUUUACGCCCUGGAACUCUCAGAGCAAUCUUUGGUAAAACUAAGAUCCAGAAUGCUGUCCACUGUACUGAUCUGCCAGAGGAUGGCCUAUUAGAGACAGGGUCUCACUCUGUUGCCCAGGCUUACCGAAGCCUUGAAGCCUUGAACCUCCUGGACUCAAGCUGUCCUACCACCUCAGACGUCCAAGUAGCUGAGAUCACAGGCGUGUACCACCAUGCUUGGCUAUUUUUUUUUUUUUUUUUUUUUGUAGAGACGGGGGGGGGGUCUCCUUAUGUUGUCUAGGCUGAUCUUGAACUCCUGGGCUCAAGUGAUCCUCCAACCUCAGACUCUUAAAGUGUUAGGAUUACAGGCAUGAGCCACUGUGCCUGGCCUAAAAUGCUAUACUGUCAAGCAGAGUCCUAAAUUUUAGCCAACCAUUUAUCACUUCCAUGCUUUUUAUCAUAUUUACCACCUGAAAUUUUACUAUUUUUCUUUAAAUCCAUUCAGUGCUAUACUUGAACAAAUUUAUUUUACUGCUAUAAAUGGAAAACUACUUGUUUUAAACUAUUCUUAAUUGAAGGUAAUAAAAUACAAUGAAAACCAGUUUAAAAAUCCUAGCUAGGUAACAUCUUAUGGCAAAGCUUCUGACACCAAGGCCUGUCCCUCUUUAUUUGCAAGGGAAAUUAACCAGGGUUGAGGACAUACUAACUCGGUAUUUCAGUUUUCCUUCCGAGAAUAUGAAGGGUUGAAAAGAGAAUCCUUUUUCUCUCUUCAGUAUUUAAAUGCUUUUCAUUCCAAGUAGUCAGCCUGUCUUUGAAAAACUCAAUCCCUUUAUAUUGUGUAAGGAAUUAAGUAUUUGACAGGACUUGUGUGAAAACCCAUUUCUUGAAUGUAAGAACACCCCAAGGGAGAUAGAUGGCACUGUCCCUACACCCAUGAAAUAUGUCAUCUACUGAGGGUCAGAAUAAACUGAUUAAAAAGAAGUAAUAAAUGUAUUGAAGAGUCUGAGAAAUAUGCAAAUGGUUAACACUAGAAUAUGAGCAGCAGAGGAAAAAAGAUGGAGUUCUGUCUGUUUUGUUCACUGAUAGAUCUCUCACUAGCUGUUAGAAGAAUGCUUGGCAUAUGGUAGGUAUCUGUUGAGUCUAAGAACACAAACCACAUUCCCCAGUCUCCUAGUGAUGAUAUAACACUAAAGAUCAGGAGUGGGAAAUAGGUUGGCACAAUCUGGAGAAAUUAAGAGAAGCAAGAUUUGGAGAGAAUCUUGGAGAAAGUUACAGACACACACAAUGGCUUAGAACAGAAAGUACACAAUACAUACGAAAACAGGUUAAGUCUCACCAAGGUCGUGACCUCAUAGCAGCCUUAAAAAUGCAAAAUACCCUCCAGUUUGAAUGAAUGCUCCCCUUUCCUCAGACCUAAAGCCCCAUUCCCUUAUUCACAAGCAUCACAAAUUUAAAUAUCACAUACACCUUACAAAAUGAGCUGACGUUUCUGCAAGACAAACUUCUGUUUCCAUAAAUGUGGGUUACUUUGAGAAACUCAGUUUCAUGUAGGUAUGUUAGUUUGAGGAUUUUUCUGUGUCAUUUCAACUACUGAAGUCUCCUAAAGACUUCAACUAUUAAAGUUAAGCAGUUGUGCCAUUUUUCAUAGUUCCCUUGCUAUUUUUUUGUUAAGUGGAGUCAUUGUUCCUCUUGUACUAAUUUCGCAUCACACAAUUUGUUGCUCUAGAAAUAGCAAAACGAGAAAUAGAUUAGUGUGAUUAUAAAUAUGAAGCAGUAGGUAGGAACUGAAGCUGUUUCUGGCAUUUCUCACCAAAACGGCCAUGGCCUCCAGGUCUGUCUCUCUGUAAGAGGGCAGCACCCCUGAAGACAACAGUGCCACUUCAAGGAUGUGUGUGAGCUCCUCUGCCUGCACAGGCUUUGUGAAAGGUUUCCGUUUCAGAAAUACAAUGCCCUGAUUUUAGUGUGGGCAUUUCCCAUGUUAGUUAAGUGAUACUAAAUCUUUAAUUAAUAAUUAUAGCUGGAAAAUGUUUUUUGGAAAUCUGAUUUUUAUCUUCUUUCACACUAAGGCUAAUUUUUAAAUACAGCUAAAUAAGGACUUACUUAGGCCAAUCCCUGAACCAAAAAGCAAGGCAUGAACCUUAAUUUACUGAACCACAAACCUAACCUCAUUUUUUAAAAACUGAAGUGCUAACAACUUUUUUUUUUUUUUUAACACAUAUGUCUAGUGAAGCAAUAGCAGGAACCAACACUUCAUGUUUUCUAAACUGAGUGAAGUAGCAGUAGCACUGCAAGAUAUUUUUUAAAUGGAACUUCAAACUGGAGCUUCAUCGAUUCUCUGCCUCUGAUUAACUUUUAGUGUCUUUGGGAAGGGGUAUGCCAGUGUCUGAAGUUCUGACCAACCUCUUGGACUCUGUUAAGUGGAAAAGACCAAAAUUUGUCUGAACUAAGAAAUU